AACAAGAAUCGAAUCUGAAACUUAGUCAUUCACAAGCGUGAUAUGCAUCACUACGCUAUGCCGCCUUUCUUACAUUUCGUAUCUUUUAGUUUGCUUUCCUCCUUCCCGUUAAGAAUUACAAGCGGAUUGCGAUGAAGAAUUCAAAGGAAUUCAUGGUGGAGAUCAAGUCUCGUGCCGAUGUGUUUUAUGGGUUCUUGAAGGACAAGGUACCCCAGUACCCACAGCUCUACCCGGAGGCCAUCAAAGGCUUCAAGUUCUUGGAGGGAAGUGAUGAGGUCCGGGAUGGCGCAGUGGUCUGUUACGAGUACGGCCUGGGCGGGAGUACAAUGACGAUAAAGGAGAAGCUCGAAGUGAACGAGUCAAGCAAGUCGAUUAACUUUGUCAUGAUGGAGGGGGAUGUCCUGAAGCUGUACAACAGUAUCAAGUAUAAAUUUCAGGUGAACAGCGGGUACGUUAAGGUAGACAUCGAGUUUGAGAAGGCAAGUGAGGAUACCCCGAACCCUGAUGGCUACAUCGACAUGAUUUCGGAAUUAAUCAAGCGACUCGAAACUUGCCUCUGCUCCACUUGAUUUGUUAUGAUGUAUGUAUGCACAUCAUAGUAUUACUAUAAUAAACCGAAGCUCAGGUUAUUGCUGCUUGUGGAUUGGGACUCCUCUCUUCAAUGUUAUGACAAUACUGUAUUAAUUAAAAAGGAAAUAAGAGAAAUGGUAUUUGGUGCCGCCU